CCGUUAAGGCAAAGUUUUCCUUUUUUAGUUUGCAAAAAAAGAUAAAAGAAAAAAAGAAAUAGAGAGUUAGAGACUCCAAUCUCUCGGCAUCAUCAACAAUCAAGCCAUGGCUGCUUCCAAGAUGGCGAUGAUGGCCUCUCUGACUCGGUGCCGCCCUCUAACGUGCGCCGCCUCUGCCGCAGCCUCUUAUCCUGCGCGCCUGGUGCCUCACCCACCGGACCUUAUCAAGUGGGUCAGGCGCGAAGGCGGGUUCGUGCACGAGGCGGUCGAGAUAUCACAAGAUGGUCCCAACGGUCUUGGCUUGGUUGCCUCUCAAGGUAUCCCAUACGGUUCGGAACUUAUUGUCCUCCCUAAUCACAUUCCCUUGAAAUUCUUAUCGGAUGAUAGUGACGGAGCUGAUUCUGUUCUGGUUAACUUAGCCCGCCAAGUUCCUGAGGAACUAUGGGCGAUGAAGCUUGGUUUGAGGCUUCUACAAGAAAGAGCGAACGUUGAGUCCUUUUGGUGGCCUUACAUCAGCAACCUUCCAGAAACAUAUAGUGUGCCAAUAUUCUUUUCUGGAGAGGAUAUAAAAAACUUACAGUAUGCUCCUAUUCUCCAUCAGGUAAACAAAAGAUGUCGGUUUCUUCUGAACUUUGAGAAGUCUGUCAAACAUGUUCUUGAAAAUCUGAAACCAAAGGAUCAUCCUUUUGGUGGCCAAGAUAUAGAUGCAUCCUCCCUUGGAUGGGCAAUGACUGCAGUCUCAUCUAGGGCUUUUCGUUUACAUGGAGAAAAGCUUCCAAAUGGAAUCCGCAUUGAUGUUCCCAUGAUGCUUCCUCUCAUUGAUAUGUGCAACCACAGCUUCAAUCCAAAUGCACGCAUUGUUCAAGAACAUGAUGCAGGGAACACAAACAUGCUAAUAAAGGUUGUGGCAAAAAACUCAAUCAAAAAAAAUGAAUUUUUCCAACUUAAUUAUGGCUGCUUGAGCAAUGAUCUUUUCCUACUGGAUUAUGGGUUUGUUAUACCUUUAAACCCUUAUGACUGCAUUGAGCUUAAAUAUGAUGGAGCUCUUUUGGAUGCUGCCAGCGUAGCCACGGGGAUAUCUUUACCUAACUUCUCUUCACCAGCUCCAUGGCAACAACAGAUUUUAUCCCAGCUGAAUUUGGACGGAGAAGCCCCUAAUCUAAAGGUAAGGUUAGGAGGUCCAGAAUUGGUGGAGGGACGCUUACUGGCAGCCUUGAGGGUACUGUUUGCGAGUGAUGCAGAAACGGUGCAGAAGCAUGAUAUAAACUCUCUUACAUCUUUAUCUGCUGAAGCUCCUCUUGGGAUUGCAAAUGAAGUUGCUGCUUUACGCACCAUUGGCGCCAUUUGUCUGAUUGCACUGGAACACUUCCCAACCAAAGUGAUGGAAGAUGAAUCUCUGCUGAAACGGGGUGUUUCAGCCUCAACCGAGUUGGCCAUCCAAUUCAGAGUUUUGAAGAAAUCUGUGAUUAUGGAUGUAAUGAGUGAUGUCGGUAGGAGGGUGAAGUUACUGUUGUCAAAGGAAGAGGUCACCAACCAAAGCUGAUUUUUAAUGAGAGAUGUGCCAUGGCUUGUUAGGCAUCAACAAUCUUGUCUUGUAUGUUGCCUUCGCCUAGUUACCCUGCUUUAUUCCAUCUUUGAUUUUGAUGAAAUUUUAUUUUAAAAUUUAUUUCAUUGUACUGGUGGAUGAUGGUUCUCUGUCAAGUAAUAUGCCAGUUCAUAUCGGAUAUUUUAUUUC